CUCCGACAGCACCUUCCGAGACGCGUGGCCAUGAUGCCGAUCUGGACCCUUAUCUUUAGUCUCACGCAGCACGGAGCAAGUAUGAGUACACUUUACGAAUGUGUCAAAAACUAUCAAGGUUUAAGCUUACUUCUGGCGGUACACACAACGAAUGACGAAUUGAUAGGUGCUUAUCUCUCUGAAACGUUGCACAUCAGUUCCACCUACUAUGGUUCAGGCGAAAGCUUCCUGUGGCAAGCCACUCCCACCUCGGGCUUGACUAUUUAUCGAUGGACAGAAGCCAAUACGUAUUUUAUCUACUCUGAUCGCCACACCAUCAUUGUAGGCGGAGGAAACGGUCGAUGUGGAUUAUGGUUGCAUGAAGACUUGAUCCAUGGAAAUACCGAAGCAUGUGCCACAUUUGGUAAUCCUCCCUUGUCGAAAACCGGGUCCUUUGAAUACAUGGAAAUAGAGCUGUGGGGCUUUGUUAUUUAA